AUGGCUCUCUCUCUCGGAAACGGCCACGGUUCAGGAUCCCAGUCUCCAAGCCCCGGAGCACUGACGAUAUUCGGCGACGCCGACGACGAGAGGCGCCAAUGCAACGGCAUCUGCCGCGACGGCAACCAGUGCCGCAGAACCGUCGCAAAGGAGGCGUGGAGGCUCCACAACGUGCGCUUUUGCAACGAGCACGCAUAUCAAGCCACGGACACCGCCACCAGGGCCGCAGCCGCGAACAGGCAGCUCCGCGCCGAGAACCAGCGGCUGCGCACCAGGAACCAGCAGCGGCGCACCGACAACCGGCAGCUAAGUACCGAGAACCAGCAGCUAAGCACCGAGAACCAGCAGCUACACGCAGCCGUCGACGACGUCACGCAGGCCAACGACGACUUGGCCCAGACGAACCAGGACCUCGGGGCCAGAGCCGCGGCGGCGGAAGACACGGUAGCGAGCCUUGACGAAGCGAAUCGCCAUCUCGAAGCCAGGCUCGCUGCAGCAGACGACGCCACGACCAGCAUCCGCAGCGAGCGCGACCAGCUCCGCCAAAGCCGUGACGAAGCGACGCGCCAUCUCGAAGCCAGGCUCGCCGCGGCAGACGCCACCGCGACCGCGAUCCGCAGCGAGCGCGACCAGCUCCGCAGCGAGCGCGACCAGCUCCGCCGCAGCCGCGACGCCGAGGCCCAGGCCAGCAGGGACCUCCUGGCCAGCAGGCUUGCCGCCGCCGAAAGCAACGCCGCGGCGACGCUGAGCAGCGAGCGCGAGCGCCUCGAGCAGAGCCAUCGCGAGGAGCGUGCUCGGCUGGCGGCGGUCAAAGCCGGCCUGGAGGAGCGGCUCGAGGCUUCCGAGGCCGCGAACGCGGCACUGGCGAGGGAGAAGGCCGAGGGCGACAGGGCGAGGGAAGAGCUGGAGGCCGAGGUGGGUAAGCUUCGCGGCGAGCAGGAGCGCUCUGCUCGUGACCUUCAGGAUGCCACCAACCGGGCUGGUGAGGCGGAGAAGAGGCAUGAGGUUGCCGAGGGCGAGUUGAGUGAUUCGCGAGCGACCAACGCAUCACUCACCAGCGAGCUCAAGGCCGCCCAGAACACCGCCGAGGCCCUGGAGGAAAAGCUAAGCCAAGCCGAUUCCAACAACGAAGCGCUUAAUGCCAAGUUCAAGACUGCCCAGGAAAACACCAAGGCCUUGGAGACAAAGCUUAGUCAAGCUGUUGCCGACAACGAGACGCUUACUGGCAAGGUCGAGACAGCCCAGGAAAGAGCCGAUGCCCUUGAAGAGCAGCUAGGCGAAGCCAAGGCCGACAAGCAGACGCUUACUGCCAAGGUCGAGAAAGCCCAGGAAAGAGCUGAUGCCUUGGAAGAGCAGCUGGGUCAGGCUAAGGCUGACAACGACCGCCUCAGCAUCCGGGUUAGCGACAGCGAGGGCCAGCUGAGGGAUUCUCACGACCAUGCCGAGGCCCUAAGGGCACAACUCAGCCGCGUCAAGGCCGACAACAACCGCCUUAGCACCCAGGUCAGCGACUGCAAGGGCCAGCUGAGGGAUUCUCACGACCAUGCCGAAGCUCUAAGGGCAGAAAUCAGCCGCGCCAAGGCCGACAACGACUGCCUCCGCAACCGGGUCAGCGAUAGCGAGGGCCAACUGAGGGAUUCUCGCAACGACGUCGAGGCCCUGAGGGCAGGGCUGAGCCGCGUCAACGCCGACAACGACCGGCUCAACAAUCGGCUCAGCGAUGCCGAGGCCGAGCUAACAAGCACUCGCGAGGAUAAUGCCACUCUUGCCGCGGAGCUCGAGGAUAGCGAGGACAUCCGCGAGGCUCUAGAGGCUGAGGUUAUCCGCCUGACCAUUAGGGUGAGCAACGCCAGGGGGGACCAGAGGAGCACGCGCCGGACGAUAAUGCCCGCCGAGGUCCAGGACAGCGACGACGACCUACUGGACGAGGUUUGCCGAAUGGCCAUGUAA